UUAUCGAUAUGAAAUCCUUUUGCGGAGGUCUGUUACUUGCCUUUCUGGUGGGCGGAAGCCUAGCAGCUCCUCAUGGAGGACAUGCCACGAGCUACAGUUCGGUGACCAAGCACGAAGAGCCCAUCCACAAGAGCCAUGGCUACGGAUACGACCACGCUGUGAUCAGUGCCUACGGAGGAAACUACGGACAUGGUUAUCCGAGUGUCGGCCACUCCGGCUACGGCUACGGAUACGACAAGCACGAGCCCCACCACUAUCCCAAGUACCACUUCGACUACGGGGUCAAGGAUGCCCACACCGGCGACCAAAAGAGCCAGUGGGAAACCCGGGAUGGCGACAAGGUCAAGGGCAGCUACUCCCUGAAGGAGUCCGAUGGCACCACUCGGGUGGUGGAGUACACCGCCGAUGACCACAACGGGUUCAAUGCCGUGGUGAAGAAACUGGGUCACGCCCACCACCCCCAGGUCUACCACAAGGGCUACGGACAUGGCGAUGUCUACGGAUCCGACUACGGGCACGGAGGUUACGAUGUGGCGCACUACGGCGGAUACGCACUUGGACACGGAGGUCACGCCAACAGCUACGUGAGCGUGAAGCAGCUGCACUGAUUCCAGGACCCUUGAUGAGGACUACCCGACGAACACGAUCUGAACAUAAUAUUUAUCAA